AUGUUUUUCGAUUUCUCCAGUGCCUUCAAUACCAUACAGCCGCUGCUCCUGAGGGACAAGCUGGAGCACUCGGGAGUGGAUCACCACAUCUCGACCUGGAUACUGGACUACCUCACCAACCGCCCACAGUAUGUGAGGACAAAGGACUGUGAGUCUGACAUGGUGGUCAGCAGUACAGGGGCUCCACAGGGAACAGUCUUGGCUCCUUUCCUGUUCACCCUGUACACGGCAGACUUCAUGUACAGGACAACCAACUGCCACCUGCAGAAGUUCUCCGAUGACUCUGCCAUCGUCGGCCUCAUCACAGACGACGAUGACAGGGAGUACAGAGAACUGAUCCAGGACUUCGUGGACUGGUGUCGGCGGAAUCACCUCCAGAUCAACUCAGGGAAAACCAAGGAGCUGGUGGUGGACUUCCGCAGACGCAGCCACCCCCCCCCAACACCAGUGAACAUCCAGGGAACGGACAUUGAGAGUGUGGUCUCUUACAGGUACCUGGGUGUUCACCUGAACAAUAAACUGGACUGGACUGAUAACACUAAUGCCCUAUACAAGAAGGGUCAGAGCAGGCUCUACCUUCUUAGGAGACUCAGGUCCUUUGGAGUGCAGGGGGACCUGCAGGAUUCAGGAGUGAAGCUUCUGUCUGCUGGACUGAAGAGUCCACACUGUACCCUGGAAACUCUCAGGCUGUCAGGAUGUCUGAUCACAGAGGAAGGCUGUGCUUCUCUGGCCUCAGCUCUGAGCUCCAACCCAUCCCAUCUGAGAGAGCUGGACUUGAGCUACAAUCAUCCAGGAGACUCAGGAGUGAAGCUGCUGUCUGCUAGACUGAAGGAUCCACACUGGAGACUCACCAUCGACACAAACACAGUAAACAGAAAGAUCAAACUGUCUGACAACAACAGGAAGGUGACACAUGUGAAGGAGGAUCAGUCAUAUCCUGAUCAUCCAGACAGAUUUGACCACUGGCCUCAGCUGCUGUGUAGUAAUGGUCUGACUGGUCGCUGUUACUGGGAGGUCGAGUGGAGAAGAAUGGUUGAUAUAUCAGUGAGUUACAGAGGAAUCAGAAGGAAAGGAAACAGAGGAAACUGUGUGUUUGGAGAGAACGAUCAGUCCUGGAGUCUGUUCUGCUCUGAUCGUGGUUACUCUGUUUGUCACAAUAACAGAGCGACACAUUUCUCCUCCUCCUCCUCCUCUUCAUCAUCUUCCUCUGUCUCUCACAGAGUAGCAAUGUAUGUGGACUGUCCUGCUGGCUCUCUGUCCUUCUACAGAGUCUCCUCUGACUCACUGAUCCACCUCUACACCUUCAACACCACAUUCACUGAACCUCUGUAUCCUGGGUUUGGGUUUGGGUUCUGGUGGUCUGGUUCCUCAGUGUCUCUGUGU